AUGGGAGGUCAGAAUGCUCCCAUUCAGAAAGGCGCCAUGUUUAUGGCAGGUCUGACUCUCUUGCAGUCUCUCCGUGUGGCUUUAACUGGAGCAAAGUUUGCACUUGACAGAUUUAAAAUUCCGCAGCAGUAUGCCAGUUCGUUCAUUAACAUGGUCCAUAAUCCUAUGGAACUGGCAACGUUUACUGGCAUUUUUCUUAUAAAUGCUCUAACAUGGACAGGUAACUGGUUUAAGAAUAAUUCUAAGUACUUUGCCAUAUUUACUAAUGCUGCAUUGUGUCUUUCCUUCAUUAUACUCCUUAUCGCAUUCACUUCUGGAGGAGAACAGGGUAAUCUCACUUUCUACUAUUGGACUAUCGUGUUAGUCUCAUUUAUCUAUGGACUGAAUGUGGCCUGUGUAAUGAACGUGGGAAGCGCAAAUGCUUCUCUUUUCAAUAUGGGAAUUCCUCUCUCUGGUAUUCAGGUUUGCAUUUACUACUAUGUCUUCACUAAGUUGGCUGAAAGGUAUCAGUGGUCAAACGUUAGUUACUGGAUCAUUGUUUGGCAGCUUGUUAUAGCAAUAUUGAUAUCAGCAGUAUCAGCCGGUCUCUGGAUUGCUGCAUAUCCACCAGGUCCACCUCCUCUUGAACAAGCUGCUACUGGAAAUGGUGGAGGUACCGCUGUUAUAUCUCCAAUUCUCAUGGGAAUGGUUGGAAUGGGCGGCAUCUAUGCCUUUUAUCCUGCUAUAGCUCCCUAUAAGUUGACAGAUGUUAGCACUGGCUACACUAUUGACCUGGUGGUUCUCUUCAUGAGCGCCGUCCCUGGCAUUAUCAUUGCAGCUUUAUGCAAAGGUGAAAGUGGUCCAGGUCCAGAUAAAGAUUGGAGUAAAGGUAAUACUGGAUGGCAUGCUGCUUGGAUUCUGGCAAUUCCACACAUUACUGCAAUGGUCUUGUGUCUUUAUGUACUUCAUUAUCCAGGUAGUGGAGUGGCACGUUACAUUAGGAGCAGUGGUUUAAAGGUUGGAGCUAUUACUGUGACCUUAAAGUUUUGUGAGGAAGGACUUAAAGCGGUGUCAUAUGCAGGGGCUGGUGCACAUGGAGGCACUGUUUCCUCUUUUAAUGCCUUUUUAUCCCAAGGUUUAAUGAUAGUCUUGGCCUUUACUGGAGACGGAUACCUUAAGACCUAUUCCAAGUAUGAGCAUGAUAGGAGUAAAUGGCCCACCAAACACUAUGGGUUCUUUAAGUCCUUAGGAUACUGGAUAGGGAGUGGAAUGAAGGUGGCCUGUAAGAGUGUUAAGUCCUCCUUUACCAAGAAUGUAAGAUGCAAAGUUUUAGGGAAGUCUGAGGCCUUACUCAUUGUCUAUGCAGAUGAGGAAUUUUAA